AUGCAAAUCGCCAAGUACUACAAGAAGCAAAUGAAACUUGUGUAUCAGAUGUUGACACUGACGCAGAAGAUGCUGAAAACAGAUUCCUGUGCUAACACUCAGAUGGACAAUGACGUGACUCCGGUAUAUCUAGCAGCACAAGAAGGACAUUUGGAUGUUUUGAAAUUCCUAGUUCUAGAAGCUGGAGGUUCUCUUUACGUUAGAGCAAAAGAUGGCAUGGCUCCAAUACAUGCCGCUAGUCAGAUGGGAUGCCUUAAUUGUGUCAAGUGGAUGGUGAGCCAUCAAGGAGUCGAUCCCAAUUUGAGAGAUGGCGAUGGUGCUACCCCUUUACACUUUGCUGCAUCCAGAGGGCAUCUGGAUACGGUGCGUUGGUUACUGAAACACGGUGCUCGGUUGUCUUUGGAUAAAUUCGGGAAAAGUCCUAUUAAUGAUGCAGCCGAAAAUCAACAAGUUGAGUGCUUAAAUAUAUUAGUCCAACAUGGAACUACACCAGACUAUAAUACGACAGAAAGAGUUAAAACUGGAAAAAGCUGUUCCUGUGCUAGAAAAGGAGAAAAAUUGAGAAGAGGAAACAGUGCUGCUAGUGACUGCUCAAAUUGCAAAACAAAGCUGACCCUCAGUGGUGUCAAUCACAAUGGCCACACUAAUCACAGCAGCAAUAGUAGUCACAGUAACCACAGCAACCACUCUGAACCUUUCUAUCUACAUCCACCGCUCAGCGACAGAUCAAUGGAACCGCCUCAUGCUCCUGAAAAUGGACUUUAUGUCAAUCCAAUGAGUAAACAUAGGCACAGCGCUUCAAGCAGUUCCGAAAGCAGUGUGAGUGGUGGGAGCGUAAAUGGAGAAUCAUUUUAUCUACAUAAUCCACAAGAAGUUAUUUAUAACAGAGUCAAAGACUUAUUCGAGACUAAAGAACAAAGACAAUCACUCUCUGCCCUGACAGUUAAAGUUGAAGUACACUCCAGCAGCAGUGGAGCAGGGUCAGACGAGAACCUUUCAUCAUCAGACAUAUCCGAACGUUCGGGAGAUCACGAGCACGACUACGAAGACAUCUACCUAAUUCGUGAAGAGAACGGCAAGGAAAACGUAGAUAAAAACAACAAUCGGUCGAGAUCCCGAGAUUCUGGUUCGCACAGCAGAUCUGGUUCGGUGAGUUCUUCGAACUCUGGAUGCCACGUGGUGGUGAAAUCGACUUCGAAUAACGAGAUCAAUAACAGCAGCAAUCAAGAUAAUAUCAGCACCAAGUCCAACGACUUCUUGCCGAAGACUCAGAUUAAGUACGACAACGUGGAGAGAAAACAGAGCAAACAAGAACAUUAUGACGAACCAAAAUCGCCACCACCAGCCGUUAACACCGAGGAAGACCCAGAAAAGACCAAACUAGGUCCCCGCCAUUCGCUACCUCCCAAAACUAACACAGUUACCAGCAACUCGAAAAUCCUGAAGAGAGUGACUUCGGUCCCAGCUGAUUGUUCUCCACCACCCCCUCCGCCGCCACCGCUGCUCAAAAGCUUGAUUCAAGGGAUCGAUGAUGAGCCCCGAGGUGCCGAAAUCGUCGAAGUUGUCGAAGAGCCCACGCUGAGGCCUUCGGACAUCCUUAAGGGAAUGUGCAGAAGUAUGUCUGCUCUGUCCGCCCGCCGACUCAACUCCUCUUGCUCGGACUUGACCAUCAUUAGUCUGGACGCAGAAGAGUCUGAUAAACACAGUGGUCCUAAUCUGGUGAACAAACAGCGCGUGCUUCCAUUUGUACCGCCAUCUUUCCCCGGCAGUGCGAACACCAAUAACCUCAUCAAGCCAUCCGAAUAUCUACGCAGCAUUAGUGACAAACGAUCAUCCAUUUGCUCAGUGAGGAGUCUCUCAGAAAGCGAAGACAAUUGCCCCAAACUGGAAGAAACAAAGGACUCGGACAUUUCAGGACCUCCUCCACCACCCUUGCCCGACUUCGCGGAUAUAAUUUCGGCAGGGAAGCAGGAGCAAACAGCCGAAAUGGUGAAGAAGCAGAACCAGCCCUUGUCUGCUAUCAGCAUCCAGGACUUGAAUUCCGUUCAGCUCAGGAGGACGGAGAAAACUCUGGCGUCGAAAACUUUUUCGGCACCCACUAGAAGCAUGAGUCUACAGUGUCUUCAGAGCGAGCCAUUUUUGGCACAAAAAACGGAUUUGAUAGCGGAGUUGAAGAUGUCGAGGGAUAUUACCGGGAUCAAAAAGAUGAAGAUAGAGAAAGCGAAAACUGAAGAGAAUAAGGAGAAGGAGUUGCUCUCCGAGAUUUCUAAACAGUUGUCUACGACCAAGUUUGUUGAAAAGCCUAUCAAUAUACCUCCAAAACAUUUCAAUACAAAUCUAACCCCAUUUAUUUCGUUGAAAGAGGAAAACUAUUUCAAAUUCAAUGUAGUACUUCUAUCGGCAAGUCGCCAAGUAGGAUAUUUUAAAGAACUGGAAGAACAGUUAUUGCGACAGGCUGAAGAAAAACGUUUACAAGCCAUUCCUCAUUGGAAAAGGCAACUGCUGAUGAAGAAAGAAGAAACAGAGCACAAGAUAAGGUCAACUCUCUACACCCCCAAAGUUCAUGACGAACCGAAACUACACAUACUCAAUGAUUCUGACGAUCAAUUGAGACAGAACGAGAAAACAGAUCAGAACGACAAAGAAGAUAUCAAUAACAAUAACAACUAUAACGAUGAAUGUAUGAAAUUGGAACAAGAAAGCAACUAUAAUGAUCAAUCCGACGAAGAACCUCCAAACAUCAUACCUUGGAGGGCUCAGCUGAGGAAAACCAAUAGCAAAUUGAACUUACUAGAAUAGUUAAUUAUUUUAUUUUUAUUAUAGGUAUGUCUUAUAUCUUUGUAACUUCGGAUAUACUUCAUGUGAUAGAGAAUUAAUGGAGAACUCAAAGAAGAAUCUGCUAGCUCCAACGAAAUUUCUUGCUCCAGUGAAAUGAAGAAAACAAGAAAAAUUAGCAGAAAAAAUCGAAAGGGUUUUUCAUCAUAACCACACUGCAUAUGUGCAACUUUACUGGAAUGGGUGAAGGUAGUCACGAAUAAGUUUUUACAGCAAUAUAAAAAUGUUAGAUUCAA